AUGAAGCCUGACUUCAAAGGCUCCAUGAUGAACUGUGAUUCUGAUAACAUAUUCACCAAAAAAAAGAAGCGGCUCCUGCGUCAAAAGAUAAUCCCCGACGCAGUGCGGAUGCACAGGGACCGCCUGCUGGUGCAACCGCGCCGGCAUAACAUCCGUGUUAAACGCCUAUCGGGAAUAAUCUGUUCUCAGUUUACAAUUCCCAAGUCCCAUCACCGUACUGGUGUGCCGGAUACCGACUUUGUGCUGUACGUUGCGGCGGGACCAACUGAACCUGGUACUAUCGCGUGGGCAACCAUGUGCCAGUAUGACCGCAGCGGCCGCCCCAUUGUGGGUGUUGCCAAUAUUGGGCCUGGACACAUUUUGAACGUUUUUUAUUCUACACGUAUUCUUGCGCACGAGAUACUGCACGCGUUGGGAUUCUUGCUUGAUACAUUUCAAAAGAGAAACAUGGUUGAUACUGUGUCUGUUCGCAAUAAGCCAGCAAGCGUUGUUAUGUCCUCGCCAAAAGUGGUGGAAGCCGCGAGGGCUCAUUACGGGUGCAGUACCAUGCAGUACGUGGAGUUGGAGGACGUGGGUGGUGCAGUAACUAUGGGUUCACACUGGAAGAUGCGCAACGCAAAGGAUGAGUUAAUGGCUCCUGCUGAAUCUGCAGGUUUCUACACCGCCAUCACCAUUGCAGCGAUGGAGGACACGGGCUUCUACAAAGGCAACUACAGUAACGCUGAAAGCAUGGCAUGGGGUAAGAAUGCCGGUUGCGCGCUGUUUGAUAAGAACUGCGUAAUUGACGGUGUGUCGCAGAUGCCGGAGAUGUUCUGUGAAGGUGAUAUCACAUCAGAAAGUGACCUCAGGUGCUCAUCAGAUCGGAUGGGCAUCGGAAACUGUUUAAUAGACUCUGGACUCAGCUUGCCAAUAAUAUUCCAGUACUUCCCCGAUACGACGAUGGGUGGUCUUGAAAUCGCUAUGGAUUAUUGCCCGACUAUACGACUAUAUCUAGAUACUAAUUGUAUAACUGGGAAUCAAAGAAUACUUCCUGGUUCUGUGUUUUCAGAGUCUGCGCGAUGCUUUUCAGCAUUCGAGAACGCUCACCUCCAGACAAGCGAUGGCAAAAAUAUGCUCUCUAUUUGUGCGGAUGUGCAAUGUGACAAGGACACCUCGAGCUACCGAGUGCGCGUGGAUGGUGCAAAUGAUUUCGUGGACUGCCCACCCGGAAGUACCCUUGUACUCUCGGAGUACAGUACAGUGUUCAACUCUGGUGAAAUCGUCUGUGCACCGUACGAGGAGGUGUGCCCUAAAUCCCUUUACCCCGACGAUGAGCACGACAUAACAGCGACGAAAACAACCGCGCCACAUCUCGUAUGA